AUGGAGAUCUGGAAUGUUCUGAUGAAUCUGGGUGAAGGAGACGAACAGGAGAAGGACAACAAAUUGACAAUGGCCAUGAAGAAGUUCGAGGACUUCAAGAUGUUGCCAAAUGAAGCUGUCACAGACAUGGAACUGAGGUUCGCCAGGCUCAUGGGUGAUCUGUCUGAUCUUGGGAAGGAAUUGUCCGAAAAGGAAAAGAAUCUGAAGAUCCUUCGUGGCCUACCGAAGUCUUGGGAGAUGAAGGUCACAGCAAUGAGAGAUCACCGAGACAUGAAGACCACAAACACAACCAAGAUCUUUAGUGAUCUUAAGGCUUACGAGUUUGAGCAUGAACCAAAGGAUGCUGAUGAACCCGAAACAAGAAAUGUAGCUCUUGUGGCCAACCAGCAAGCAUCAACAUCAAAUAGGUCAAAGUCUAACUCUUGUGAAUUUCUAUCUGAUGAACAAUAUGCUCUAUUUGUUAGGAAAAUGAAGAGGUUUAUGAGGAAGAACAACUUCCAAGAUUUUCAACGUUCGGGACACCGAAGAAAACACGAGAGUUCACCUCAAACCUCAAAGCAAGAGACAUCAGACUCACAAUUCCUAUGCUACAAUUGUCGGAAGCCAGGACAUUUCAAAGCAAACUGUCCACAUCCAAUUGUGAGCAAGCACCAAGAUGGCAAUGCUGUCAAAAACCCAUCCAAAGAAGUAGGAGAAAGCUACAAGAGAAAUGACAAGCCAGAAUCGUCGAACUCCAGAAACGAAAGAAGAAGGAAAGCUAUGGUAGUGAAUGAAACAUCUGACACAAUUGAAGCUGAAAGCAGUUCCUCAAGCUCAAGUUCGGAUGAGGAUAGUACUGAAGAAGAAAAAGGACUGCUAUGUCUGUUUAGCCAAGAGUCAGAUGAACUAUGCCUCAUGGCCGAUGAUGAUGAGGUAAAUUCACAAUCAUCAUCCUGUUAUUCAGCAGAGUCUAGUUCUAUAAGGAGUCAAGCUUCCAAUGAAUCAGUUACCGAAAUGAUGAGGGAGUUUAAGAUAAUCAAAAACACAUACUCUAAAUUAAAAGAGAAGAACUCUCGGCUUAUGAUCAGCUACAAUGCGCUAAGGAAAGUUCGAAUUGAGAACAUAAAGCUAGCCAUUGCUAAAGAUCAACUUGAGAAAAAUGUUCUCGCUCUAAAAGAGCAGUGUAACGCCCCGAAAUUUUGA